AUGGUCCGCCCAGAACUCUCCAAAAACCGCUCCUUAACAAUCCUCAACAAAGCCCGCGAUGGCGGGUACGCCGUGCCAGGCAUGUGCUGCUAUAAUAUCGAAUCAAUAAUCGCCACCGUCCGCGCCGCCGAAGCAGCCCAAUCCCCAGCUAUGGUCCUUCUUUUCCCCUGGGCUAUCGAAUAUGCCGGCGCAUCUCUCGUACGUGCUGCCGCCGACGCUGCGCAUAACGCCAAAGUGCCCGUCAGCCUACAUUUAGACCACGCGCAGACACCGGAGCUGGUACGUCGGGCCGCAGAUAUUGAAGAUGGCUUCGAUAGCAUUAUGUGUGACAUGAGCCAUUACGAGAAAGAUGAGAACCUAGAGCUGACUAGGGAAUUAUCUGUGUACUGCCACGAACGCGGGAUUACCACCGAAGCCGAGCCCGGCCGGAUCGAAGGUGGAGAAGACGGCGUAGCGGAAACAGCCGAUCUAGAAGCCAUUCUAACAACUCCUGAACAGGCAGAAGAGUUUGUGGCUACAGGUAUCGAGAUGCUGGCGCCGGCUUUCGGAAACGUGCACGGGGAAUACGGGCCACGGGGGAUUCAGCUAGAGUACGAGCGAUUAGAAUCGAUCAAUAAGGCAGUAGGCGACCGUGUGCGAUUAGUCCUACACGGCGCAGAUCCUUUUACCGAGGAUAUCUUUAAGCGAUGUAUCAAGGCGGGCGUGUCCAAAGUCAACAUUAAUAAAGGCAUGAACAAACACUACGCCGCCGUGCAGGAGGAAAUGCAGGGGAAGCCCCUCACCAGCGUUAUAGAGGCGGGUACCGACAGGAUGCAGGCUGCUAUCGAGCAGUAUAUGCAUUGGCUCGGUAGCGCCGGUAAGGCGUAA